UCUUGCCGGUCUGCGGCGGGUCUCGGAUGUGGCGGCGGCGGCGGCGGCCGGGGAGGUGAGGGCGUGGGGAAAGGGUGGGGUGAGGGGGCGAGGCCGGGGCGAGAGCCGCGAAACUCUCCUCCCUCCACCCCCCACGGCGCGAGCCGGCGUGAGCGCGGCGUCGGAGGCAUGUCCGCCUUCACCGAAGCGGCGCUGGAGAAGAAGCUGUCGGAGUUGAGCAACUCGCAGCAGAGCGUGCAGACCUUGUCCCUGUGGCUCAUCCACCACCGCAAGCACUCGCGGCCCAUCGUCACCGUGUGGGAGCGGGAGCUGCGCAAAGCCAAACCAAACAGGAAACUCACUUUUCUUUACCUAGCCAAUGACGUCAUUCAGAACAGCAAAAGGAAGGGACCGGAGUUUACAAAAGACUUUGCACCAGUUAUAGUGGAGGCUUUUAAGCAUGUUUCAAGUGAAACGGAUGAAAGUUGUAAGAAGCAUCUUGGACGAGUGUUAUCUAUUUGGGAAGAAAGAUCUGUUUAUGAAAAUGAUGUAUUAGAUCAACUUAAGCUAGCUCUAUAUGGUGACAAAAAACCUAGGAAGCGAACUUAUGAACAGAUAAAAGUAGAUGAAAAUGAAAACUGUUCCUCUUUGGGAUCACCAAGUGAGCCACCUCAGACUCUAGAUCUCGUUAGAGCAUUACAAGACCUAGAGAAUGCAGCGUCAGGGGAUGCGGCGGUUCAUCAGAGGAUAGCUUCUUUGCCUGUGGAAGUCCAAGAAGUUUCCCUGCUAGAUAAAAUUACAGACAAAGAAUCUGGAGAAAGACUUUCUAAAAUGGUAGAGGAUGCUUGUAUGUUGCUGGCAGAUUAUAAUGGCAGAUUGGCGGCUGAAAUAGAUGAUAGGAAGCAACUCACUCGAAUGUUAGCAGACUUUCUUCGCUGUCAAAAGGAAGCCCUUGCUGAGAAAGAGCAUAAAUUGGAAGAAUACAAGCGCAAGUUAGCCAGAGUUUCCUUGGUGCGCAAAGAACUCAGGUCCCGGAUCCAGAGCCUGCCAGACUUAUCUCGCUUGCCCAACGUCACGGGGAGCCACAUGCACCUGCCCUUUGCGGGAGACAUCUACAGUGAAGAUUGAUGACCAGUCUCUUUCCAGGGCCCAGGACUUUGCAAAAGAUGGAGACAGGUUAGGUGGAUAGUCCUGUAGCGUUAUUUUUGUAUAUUGUUGAGAGAGUGACACUAACAAAAGAAACAACAAGUAAUUUAUAAAAUUGUUUGAAAUGUUGGUUUGUUUACUAUUUUAUUGGUAAGUUAACAUAACUUAGUUUUAAAAAAAAUAAGUAAUGAUCUCUGUGUAUUAAUAAGCUCACAAAUAGUGAUUAUUUUCAAAAGAUCUUUUUGUAAAUUUUUUUUAUUCAGGGCCUUGUGAGAAUUUCAUGUUUCUAUUUCUUCAUGUAUUUUCAAGUGUUUUUCUUUCUUUUCUUCAGUACCCAAUCAUUGUAUAGUGUGUAAUUCAUAAAGGGUAAGAAGUAAUCAUGAGUUGGUUGAGACUUGAUUAUGAUCUAGCUAGCACUUGGAGGAGGGAUGUUCCGACUUGAUCUCCACAUUUCCCUGACCAUAAUAUUAGUUUGGCGCCUCUCAGUACCUUUAACUUCUUUAUCCACAGAGGUUCAUGAUCUCACACCAAACAGGAAUGUCACUUUGAGGGUCAAGGCAGAACUGAGAGAACUUGACUACAGUUGCUCUCUAUACGGUUUCUGUUCAAGCUGCCAGUGUAAAAUAGUGUUCAGUGGGGAUCCCCUUGAUUAAACUGUUUUGAAUUGAGUAGAUCAAUAUAAAAAUGCUUUGGGAAUGUAAGUUUUGACAUUCUAUAGGACAACUUUGGUUUUGGAACUGAUUUCUGUUGUCCACAUGGCACUCCACUUAAGAUAGUUGAUUCCCUUAAAAUAGUCAUCCGUGGGAUUAAGAGAAAUGUAAAAUAAUACUUCGACUAUAACCUUAACCUCUUCAUUUCUAGCACAAUACUUUUAACCCUCAUACUAAGACACAUUGAUUGAUGUUCAGUAAAGUAACUGGAACAUUAUAUGAUCCCUUGAGGUGUUUGCUUUUUCUGUGGUGCCAGCUGUCAGUCCCGGGCCUCACAUGUGUGAGGAAUGUAUUCUGCUGAGCUGCCUCCCAUGCUCCCUCCUUGAGGUUUUUGAAUAACUGUAUAUUUGGAAAUUAAUCAGUGCUACACUACAGGACAGAUCUGGUAAAUAUUAUAUUUGUAUAUUUAGAGUUACCAAGACAAAUGUACUUCACCUAAUUUCUAACCCUGUGUGUAGAGCAGUUGCAUGUUCUCUUGCUUUUUAAAUCACAUUGCUAAUUUGUUGGGUUGCACUCAGUAAUGACUUAGGAUAACCAUCUUUUCCCAUUCAUUCCAUAUUAGGUAUCUUUCUUUUCAUCAUACGCAGAUUUAAAUUAGGUAGUCAGUAAAACAUUUUUAACUCUCACAAGCCAAUUUUGUCUCGCUAAUUUGAAUGCCUUCACUCUUUAUUUUUUAGUAUUAGAGAUUAUAGAUAAAAGGACUUAUGUGAAGAAUAAGGUCAGUAUUUUUUAAAUAGUUUAUAGUUCUGGAAACACUGCUUUCAACAAUUGAACUUCUCCAAAAUAGAGAAAUAAAUAAUUCCCGUCUGUGUAUGGCUUGUAUUCCCAAGAUUUUUAGUUCACUUUUGGGAUGUGGGACACAUUUUCUUCAAAAAGACAAUAAUACUAGGUUCUUUGUGAGCUCAAUCACAGAAGUUCAUGUAGGAGUCUAAUUCCCUUUGCCAUGAAUGUACUUCAUAUGUAAUGUCUUUGGCAAAUGACUGAUAGAUCCUGACCAGCACUUGUACCAUCACUCUAAGAAAAUGGCACGCAGCAGUCAGACUGAUAUAUUGGUGAUUGUCUGUUGUGUGUCCCUCUGUCCCUAGAUGUAAUAAAUGUAAAGAAAGCAUUCAGUAUUGUGAAAGGAUGCUAACAAAUGAACAUUUACAAAACCUGAUUAUAUCUGUUCAUAAAACUGUAACAGGUAACUUAGUUUUUGUUGCUAAAGUGAAAACAAGAACUAGCAUGUCAGCUUAUUUUCAACAUCUUGGUCUUAUUUGUGGUUUGAAUAUUUAAUCAAAUAUAUUUUUUUCAUUUGAAACUAAUUUUAAAUCUUAGAAGAUUUGAAAUCUAUUAGAAGUUUGCUGAAAUGUUUCAUCCUUUUAAGACAGACUUCUGACUUACUCAUUUUAAUGCCAGAUUCUGCUCUAAAUAUUUAUGAUAAAAGUGAAAAUGCAUUAUUUUUUUAAAAAGCUUGAUGCAAUUUGUGAUAAGUGAUAGUCAUCAAUCUGAACCACACCCUUAAUUCUACUUCUGUGACCCAUCUUCCUCAAACACUCAGUUGCUCAGUUCUCUUAACUGUAAACACAAACUAUAUGAUCUGAUUUAGAAACUUUAUUUUCGGCCUUAUGGUAGUUAACAUGAUAACCUUAGCAGUAAAUAGACUUCCUUUCUAGAAGGUGGACCACAUUUUCUCAAAAUACAGCGUUAAAUGCGGGUACAUUAAUACCAGAUUAGGAUCAUGAGCAUUUUCCCCACUGUAUGAGGCAAAUCAUGCCUCUCAGAGCACAGUUUCUCCUGGCCGCACAAGAGAACAGCACGCCACGCCACGUACAGCCAGGGGUAUUGUGGUUUGAAUGGAUACCCUCGCUCUUUUCUCCACAAACAGUGCAGAGAGCUGUCUGGAAUGGCAAUGAACAGAUCCCCUGGCGUUCCCUCUGCUUCUUCCGAACUACAGUAAGUAAAAGAACCACACGGGGGAACCCAGAGUCUGAGAAAAUGAGCUGUGCUCAAAAGCCAAUCUCCCCUUCUAGGAAAACUAGUCCAGAUGCAGCUAUUUUGGCACCACUUCUCGCACGCACUCCAAAUCAGAGCUUUUCUAUAGAAACUCCUUCAGAAUCAGCAAAGCUGAGGUGUGACGGUCGUCUUGAUUUGCAAAAUGAAAACACUAGCUUGUCACUCUAAAUGAGCAACUCAUCUCUGCUGCUUGAAGAGGUUCUGAGAAAUCCUUGGAACAAGUUCAGAAGUACAAAUUAAUUGGGAAAGUUACACUGUUCUUUCUGAAGUUUCCAUUCUCAAUGUUUGCAUUAUAUGAAAUGGCAUAAAUGCUGCUAAACUGCUUUAUAUUCUAUUAAGAAAUAGCUCCUAAAGAUACAGUCAUGUUUCAUAGUUUGUGCACUUCAUCAAAGCUUUACAAAGUGUAAACUCACUUCUUCUCUGUACGGACAGGGAGCACUGCUUUAUUAGCGAAGUUGUUUAUACAAGCUUUGGUUGCCAGCUGUAGUUCCAGCCUUCCACACACGAGUCUGUUCUGAGUUGGCCAUAGCACAUAGGAAGAUGAAAUUUCCCUGUUUCUUUACACACUUCCCCCCCCCCCUUUUGGCUGUAUCUAAUGAAAAACUAAGAUGUUCAUAAUAAAGUUUUAUGUUCUUUUUGAAA